GCUGCUUGGCUCAUCAGACCCUAGCGCUCCGGCCCUGCGCUCGCGGGCAAAUCCCAACUGCGCGCCCCCCUUCACUCCCCUUGCUUCGGGACCGCCCCCUCCCCGCUUUCGGCGUUGUUGAAGAUAAACAAUAGUUGGCCGGCGAUCGCCAAGUGCUUCUCUCGCCGCCAGAGUCGGCGGGUUGCUGGGACCCGGCGGGAUUCCCGCCAGCCGGCCAUGGCGGGGCUGUACUCGCUGGGAGUGAGCGUCUUCUCCGACCAGGGCGGGAGGAAGUACAUGGAGGACGUUACUCAAAUUGUGGUGGAGCCCGAGCCUACCGCUGAAGAAAAGCCCUCGCCCCGGCUGUCGCUCACUCAGCAGUCACCUCCGCAGCCGUCACAGCCGGCUGUUCCUGGCUGUGAAGUCUCGGGGAAAGGCCCAGCGGUGGCAGCCCAAGAGGCUUGCGACCCUCCUCCGGACGCCGGGGCCUCGCCGGCUCCCGGCUGCUGCCGCCGCCGUUCCUCGGUGGCAUUUUUUGCCGUGUGCGAUGGGCACGGUGGGCGGGAGGCAGCACAGUUUGCCCGGGAGCAUUUAUGGGGUUUCAUCAAGAAACAGAAGGGGUUCACUUCGUCCGAGCCGGCGAAGGUUUGUGCUGCCAUCCGUAAGGGCUUCCUCGCCUGUCAUCUCGCCAUGUGGAAGAAACUGGCGGAAUGGCCAAAGACUAUGACAGGUCUUCCCAGCACAUCAGGGACAACAGCCAGUGUGGUCAUCAUACGGGGCAUGAAAAUGUAUGUAGCUCACGUUGGUGAUUCAGGCGUGGUUCUUGGAAUUCAAGAUGACCCAAAGGAUGAUUUUGUCAGAGCUGUGGAAGUAACACAGGACCAUAAGCCAGAACUUCCCAAGGAAAGAGAACGAAUCGAAGGACUUGGUGGGAGUGUGGUGAACAAGUCUGGGGUGAAUCGUGUAGUGUGGAAACGACCUCGGCUCACUCAUAAUGGACCUGUUAGAAGGAGCACAGUUAUUGACCAGAUUCCUUUUCUGGCAGUGGCAAGAGCACUUGGUGAUUUGUGGAGCUAUGAUUUCUUCAGUGGUGAAUUUGUGGUGUCACCUGAACCAGACAUAAGUGUCCACACUCUUGAUCCUCAGAAGCACAAGUAUAUUAUCUUGGGGAGUGAUGGACUUUGGAAUAUGAUUCCACCUCAGGAUGCCAUCUCAAUGUGUCAGGACCAAGAGGAGAAAAAAUACUUGAUGGGUGAACAUGGACAAUCUUGUGCCAAAAUGCUUGUGAAUCGAGCACUAGGCCGCUGGAGGCAGCGUAUGCUUCGAGCAGACAAUACUAGUGCCAUAGUAAUCUGCAUCUCACCAGGAGUGGACAGUCAGGGAAAUUUCAGUAAUGAAGAUGAGCUCUAUCUGAAUCUGACUGAUAGCCCUUCCUAUAAUAGUCAAGAAACCUGCCUGAUGACUUCUUCUCCAAGUUCUACACCACCGGUCAAGUCACUGGAGGAGGACCCUUGGCCAAGGCUGAACUCUAAGGACCAUAUACCUGCCCUUGUUCGUAGUAAUGCCUUCUCAGAGAAUUAUUUAGAAGUCCCAGCUGAGAUAGCUCGAGGGAAUGUGCAGGCUGCAGUCGUACCCUCAAAAGAUCCAGAGCCACUUGAAGAAAAUUGCACUAAAGCCCUGACUUUAAGGAUACAUGAUUCUUUGCAUAAUAGCCUGCCAGUUGGCCUUGUGCCUACCAAUUCAACAAACACCAUCAUGGACCAAAAAAAUUUAAAGAUGUCAACUCCAGGUCAAAUGAAAGCCCAAGAAGUUGAAAGAACCCCUCCAGCAAACUUUAAAAGGACAUUAGAAGAAUCCAAUUCAGGCCCUCUUAUGAAGAAGCAUAGACGAAAUGGUUUAAGUCGAAGUGGUAGCACUCAGCCUGCAAGCCUCCCUGCAACCUCUCAGCGAAAGAACUCUGUUAAACUUACCAUGCGACGCAGACUUAGGGGCCAGAAGAAAAUUGGAAAUCCUUUAUUGCACCAGCACAGAAAAGCUGUUUGUGUUUGUUGAGCUAUAUCUGGAAAAUGGUUUCUUUCCAAGUUUAGGAUAUGAAGCUUUUUGAAGUUGGUGCCAAAGGUGAACUUUUUAAAAAGGCACACAAAAGGUAGUAUGCUGUUUGACUUUUUGGAAUUCAACAGUUUAAUCCUAAGCUGUGUACUUGCUUGUAUUAUAAAUGUGAAUUUUGUAGAUAUUAGGGUACAUGUUGCUGUAAAAUGUGUGUAAAUUUGUAUCCUUCACACAAACUCAGCCUCUUACCCUGGUACACAGUAAAUAUAUCAAGAGGGCUAACAGUUUAAAAAACAAAUCAAAAGACUAUUAGAUUUUAGUAGAAGUACAUUAACUUUUAAAAAUGGUUAUUGAGUCAUCAUUCAUGAUGAAAACUAUACAACUUUUUAAAGUAAAUUAUUAAGCAAAUCGGAAAGGUGAUGUAUUUUCAUAGUGAUCUGUGUUCUACUUAAUGUUUCUUAGAGACUAUUGUCUUUUAAAAUUUUUUAAUUUCUAAUUUCAUAAUUUUUCAUAGAAGAAGAAAUAGCUGGAUAUUAGUCUCCUUUCCUCAUUAAAGUACUAUGCAGUAUCUUAUUUCAGUAGCAUUUUUCUAAAACAUUAAUAAUCAGAUAUACUCACUAACUAUUUGAAAUAGAAGGUGUGCUUUCCUAAAAAAUGCCCUUUUCAGUUAUCCCAUUCUGUGGCAUUAGGUCUUAAAGUAGUUCCCCUCUUCUAGUGUUUGCAUAAAAUAUGUGAAGUUUUUCUUGCUAUUUCUUGCUCAAUAAAAGAUGGUGCUGCUAAUUCCCAACAUUUUUUAAAUUAUUUUAUAUAUCAUACAGUUUUCAUUGAUUAUAUGGAUAUAUGUUUGUUCAUCUAAUAAAUCAGUGAACUGUUUGCAAUGUUGCUAGAUUUUUAUUGUUGGUUUUAGUGAUUAUAUUAACUUUUUGUUGUGCCAUGAUUGUGCUUUCAGAGUAACUUAAAAUACAUGUAAUGUUUAUUUUUGCACUCAACUUUAAAUUAGAAUACAUCAACGCAGGCUAAACAGCUAACGAUAAGAAUAUAGUUAAGUCAUGGCUUGUAAGCAUUUGAUGACAUUUAUAGCAAAUAAAAGUGAAUAAAACUGCCCUGGCUGGUGUGGCUCUGGAUUGAGUGCUGGCCUGCAAAGUGAAAGGUCCCCCGGUUUGAUUCCCAGUCAGGGCACAUGCCUAGGUUGCAGGUCAGGUGCCCAGUUUGGGGUGUGCAAGAGGCAACGGAACAAUGUAUCUCUUGCACAUUAACGUUUCUCUCCCUUUCUCCCUCCCUUCCCUCUGUAAAAAUAAAAUAAAAUAAAUACAUAAAUAAAUAAAAUCUUGUAGAAAAUGAGUACAACUUUGUUCAUAUAAGAAAAUAACUAAAAGGAGCUAAUACUAAAACAUUAAGUAUGUCAUUGUGGUGUGGUGUGUUGUUAUACAAUGAGAAUACUUUUCAUACAAGACCUCAAUGAAAUGAGAGGUCUUGAAUACAAGACCUCUCAUUGAGAUGUUGAAAUGUUGUAGAAUGCCUACAGUAUUCUAGGUACUGCACAAUUAGAAGCAUACCGUUUUACAUGAGAAAAUUGAGAACCAGUGGUCUGGGUAAAACAUUAAUUGUGGCUAGUUUUUAAAAAGGAUUUUUGGAUAAUAGUUUGUUUUUCAGAUCUAUCCAAGAUAGAGAUGUAGCAACUAAAAGGCACUUGGGGAGUCAAUUUACUGCGGAGGGUUUUUCCGUCUUUUAGACCUGUGAUACCUCUGGAGUAUUAGCUGCACCAAGUAGAAAUUCAACAAAUCUGAAUGUAUAUCAAAGAAAGGAAGAUCCAUUUAGCUACUUCACACUUUUUCUACCAGUGUUUUUUUUGUAAUAUUUUAUUAGUUUUAGAAAGGGGAAGGGAGGGAGAAAGAGAGGGAAACAUCAGUAUGAGAGAGAAAGAUCAGUUGCCUCUUGUGCGCCCCCAACUGGGGAUCUGGCCAGCAUGUGCCCCGACUGGGAAUUGACCUUACAUUUUGCCAUAGGACAGACACCCAUCCCACUGGGCCACACCAGUCAGGGCUCUCCCAGUGGUUUGAAACAAAGUAAUCUAAUGCUAUAUCUAUAUGAAAUUAAAAUUUCCAUUUGACUAGAGUAAUGGAUUAAGUAAUCUUUGAUGCAAAAAAUGCCAUAGCAUUAAUUCAUACAUCACAUAGCAUUAACUCACAUAUUUAGUGCAAUAGAGUCCAAAUACGUGCCCUACUAGUAGCUAUCUGAUCCUGGAAACGUUUGUGUUUGGAUCCUAGAGCCAUUUCAGACCUAUUCUUGAAGGAGUUAAAGAUGUUAUGUAAUUGCAAAUGUUUUAAUGGUUUUUAAUUAAAUUUUAUUUGCCUGUGUAACAGAUCUGCAUAAAAUUUAUGAUGUAUAAAAUGGUACAUAAUGAAAAAGACUUUACCUUAGUCCCCAAAGCAGCCAUUUCCCCCCCUUUUUUGUGUAUUUUUUGAGUGAUAAUCUAUGCAUAGAUAUGCAACUAUCCAUGUUUUUAUCUCAAUCUUUUUAAAGUGAUAUAUCAGUACAUCAUACAGCCACCUCAUUCUUUAGUAUUCUGUCUAGUCUGUGGAUAUAUAAUUUGGCCAUUACUUAUGUCCACCCAUAAGGAAAAUACUUUUUAAAUAAUUUUUUAUUGUUAUUGUGUUACAGUUGUCCCAAUUUUCCCCCACCUGCCCACCCCACCCAUGAAACACUAUUUUUUUCCUUUACUUACACAAUACUUACAACACCAGAUGUGUGGGGUUUCCUGCAGCAGACAAUUCUCUAAUUUCUGCACAUACAAACUGGAUGCCGUACAAUUCAAUUUUGAUAACUACCUACAUGAAGUAAUCAGAUCUCACAAAACUGCCCUCACUUCACAUACCAGUUACAGUCACACAUAUUUUGAUCAACUGACUAUAAAUCAGGAUUUCUACAACCCUUUCCACAGAUUUUAUAAUUUGCUAGUAUGCUCACAGAACUCGGAGAAACAUGUUUACUGGUUUAUUAUAUAAUAAAGGGUACAGAUGAAGAGAUGCAUCAGGUGAGGUUCCGAAGGGUCCCAAGAGCGGGAGGUUCUGGUCCCAUGGGUUUGGGGUGCACCACCCACCUGGCAUGUGUUUACCAGCCUGAAAGCUCUGUGAACCCCAUAGUUAAGGUAUUUUUCUGGAGGAUUCACCAUGUAACCAUAGCUAAUUAUUCAGUUUCCAGCCUUUUUCCCUCCCAGGAGGAAUUGGUCUGGUGAGUCCAAAAAUUCUGCUGUCCAGCUAUCCCAUCCUGAAGCUGUCCUGGAGCCCACUAACAGUAUGGUCUCCUAAGGACAAAAGAUGCUCCUAUCAGUAAAUUCCAAGGGAUAUAGAAGCUCAGUGUCAGAAAGGGGUCAAUGACCGGCUGGUGCAUA